GCUUUAGAAAAGGAUGUAACCCUAACCAAAUUUAUUUUUUUUGCCUUUGGUAACGUAAGAAUGUUUCAAGAAUGUUAGACGAAGAAGAAAGCUUUAACUUGAUUGAUUAAAUGUCAAAUUAUCAAUUUUAAAAGUAACAAGAUUAAUCUGUGGAAAUAGUUGUUAACUAAGAUCAAACCAAAUUUGAUGUAAAAUAAAAUCUCAAUGUUUUAUUAUUUGGUAAAUGAACAUUUUUCUUGUGAUUUAAGCUUCUGACGCAUCUCAAUAAAGUACACCUCACGUUGAGUGAAGAGUCGAAGAGAAAACUAAUCCAGGAUUUUGGCGAUAAGUCAGAAAAUUCUAUCAUCAGUGCCAUCGCAGAAGGACAUGAUGGAAAAUUAAAUGGUGACAACCUUGAUAUAAGAGUCAAUACUAAUGACAUGAGAAUGGAUGUUACCAGUAGGAACAAGGACUAUCAUUUUUUCGCUACAGACUUUACCCUUGACAGAGUAAACUUAGACCAUUUAAGUAAGGUUACUCCUAAUGUUGAGGCAGUACAAGCUCGAUGCUUUUUGCCGAAUGAUGAGGAACAACACUACUACAAAAAGAGCCUUAAAAUACUCCUUGGACGUGAGCUCCAGAAGCUUGAUGGUUUCAAAUGGAUGUCUAGUCUCAUCCCAGCACAUAUUCCACACCCACUAGAUGAAGAGAUGAAAAAAAAGUCUGACAUUUUCAUUCUUCCAGUGUCUCUGAACAAUGAGACGACAUAUUCAGAUUGCGUCAAGAUUAUGGAUGAAUGUUCUGGCUCAAUCAACAGAUGGUAUACGAAAGCUGGAAGAGUUGGAGAUUUAGACGAGUUGAAGGUACCAUUUGGGGGUGACCAGCUGACACGUGUCCGGCUGCAGGGGGCCAAGUCACUACGUGCAGGUGCCCAUACAGCAACUGAGCGUUUUGAUCAUCUGCACCCUAUCAUUGUGGAGCUCUUUCAUACUCUCCAAGACUUCUUAGAGAAAAUGGCGAAAAAGUUCCUGAACCUCCAGUGUGGACGCGACCAAGGUACAUUGGGUAACAUGAAAAUUCAGAUCCAGAGAUCCAAUGUCAAUGGAAAUGUGAAAAGUCGCUAUAAGGCACAUGAAGACUUUGUUGUAACGUGUGGGCUGAGUUACUUCCUGUCAUACAUAAUGCACCAUUUCAACAUGGCUACAAUCACGGACAGUCCCAAGCACAACAGCAUCACUGAAGGGCUAUCAAACUGGACAAAUGUGAACAAAAUGAAGGUCUUCAAUACAUUAAUGGAGGAGAUACUUACUGAUCUUUAUAUUCCAUUUGAUGUCCAGGGAAUGGAACAAGAUGACAGUCAUGAAGUUGAAGUCACUAUCCAGGAACAUGAAACACUGCAAUGCUAUCAGUAUACAGCAAAUGUUACAGAUGGGAAAAAUGUUAACAUUCCACUGAACAUAAAUGGCUGUGACUUAGUUGUUGUGACGAAUUUGGAAUCUUUGAAGAAAGGAUGUUCAUUGAAAGUAGUUAAUACAGAGAUAAAUGUUAUGUUGAAAAUGGUUGAAAAGAAUGAUGAUCUAUUGAAUUAUGUCAAGAAUUUUCUUCAAUGGUUUUUCAUCAUUGUACAAAUGAAAGAUGCAGUUCGUGAGGGUGAUGUUAAACGGAUCAGUAUUGUUCUUAAAAACAUGAUUCCAUUUUUUUACAGUCAUUCAAGGUUGUCCAAAUAUCUAACAGAAUGCAUAGAUUACAUCCUUAAGACAGAGCAUACAUUGUCUCCAUAUAUGUCACUCAAGGUACAAGCAGGAUCUGUUGUAAAUCCAAAAGGUAGGCCUGGUAAAAACAAGGCUGCAGAUAUUCAAAAGGAAAAUGAAGUCAAAUUAUUGAAAACACUUAUCCGUUCUCUUGGUGCAAACAAAACUGAGAAAUCGAUAGUUGCAAUUACUAAAGCAGCACCGGAAAUAUUUCGAAUAACGGAAAACUUUGAGAGUAUGAUCAAAUUAAAGGCUGUAAAAAGUUCUCACAAGGCUAAGUCAAUGGCGGAUGACAUACAGAUUCUGCUUGGGAAAAUAAAUCCGUUAGAUAUUUGGACACCUCACCAUGAUCGUCAGUUACAACAGAAAGUCCCAAGGUCACCAUUUGCUUUUGACAAAGCAGGCUUGAUAUAUAUAAUUGAGAUUACUGUCAAGCGACUGCUCCGAGAUUUGCCUGUCAAUAACGAUGAAGACGAGGAAAAUGAAGAUGAAUAAAAUAAUUGU